AUGGCCGCGGCAACCCCUCCUCUUCUCUCUGUGGCCGCGGUAGCUCAGGCAGCGGCACACACCCAACAUCGCCAUGGACCAGUAGCUCAAGCAUUCUUCUUCCUGAUGGUGAUGGGGUUCCCUCACCAUCUUCAGGUCGUCAUCCUUGAGGCCUCCACCAUCUGCAGUGUCUACCAUGGACUGUUUGCACCUUCUAUGCAAAUACUUGAUUGUAUAUGGAUUGAAUGGAUGGAUAGAUUGCAGGGUCUACAAUGCACCACCUUGAUUUGA